GCUCGCUCGUCUUUGUCUUGCCCACCAGAAAAUCUCUUCGUCUCUCUUCAAUCAAUCGCACAUAAUGGCACAGAAAGAACAAACCACAAGUGAGAAGGUCGGUUCAGUGGUCUUCUAUGUUAUUUUGGCAGCCGUUCUGAUUUUUCUUUUCGUCUUUGCAAUCGAACAAAGUAAUCGCAAAAUCCGUGUGCCGGCAAUAGAAUUAGCUUCUAUAGAUUUCACGGUGCACAAUAUUACGGAGAAUCGUCUUAGCACAAAUUGGGAUUUGUCCAUAAGAAUCCAUGGUGAUCUUCCUGGUUAUUAUAUAUGUCUUCAAGGAGAUGUUCAAGCUUCCUUUCUUUACAAGAAUGUCACUCUGGCUAUCUCAUCCCCACAAAAAUACAAAGAUCUCAAAUACUAUAAUCCUCAGAUUCUUAAGCUUUCAGAAAACAUUACGGAAGAAGAUAUUGGCGGUUUGAUUGGAAAAGAUAUUAUAAAAGAUGUCAAAAAGAGGAAAGAAGUACAGUUUUCUCUUACUGAUUGCAGAAAAAAAUCGACAGGAGUUAUGAGCUAUGCGUGCAAUGAAGCCACCUUGCGGUUCGAGCCAGAGUGUGAGUCUGAGAUGAAGGCCACUGUGUUUGGGAAACAUCCAACCUGCACCAGUUUUUAA